AUGGCCUGGACCCCUCUGCUCCUGGCGCUCCUCUCUCACUGCACAGGGUCCCUGUCCCAGCCUGUGCUGACCCAGCCGCCCUCCCUCUCUGCCUCUGUGGGAGUCACAGUCACACUCACCUGCACCCUGAACAGUGGCUUCAGUGUUGGUGAUUACUGGAUAUACUGGUUCCAGCAGAAGCCAGGGAGCCCUCCCUGGUAUCUAUUAUCUUAUAAAUUAGACUCAGAUAAGUACCACGGCUCCGGGGUCCCCAGCCGCUUCUCUGGAAUCGCAAAUGCCUCGGCCAACGCGGGGCUCCUGACCAUCUCGGGGCUGCAGCCUGAGGACGAGGCUGACUAUUACUGUAACACGUGGGACAGCAGUUCUACGACUUACACAGAGGUCCAGACCCACAGGGAAGUGAGACAAAAACCUCCCCUCCGCUCCCCUGGCCUGGCCUGGGCCCUGCUGGCAGCUCUCACUCCCCGACCCCCUCAGCACCCUCAGCACCAUGAGGUCUCACGUGAAGGCUCGGUCACGGCUGACUGUGUAUGA